UUUAAUAGCAAUAUCCUAACAUUCAUUUGUAAGUAAGUGAACAUCCAGGACAAUGGCCAGCCCCAAAUUGACUCUCCUGUCCUUGGCCUUCUUCCUGUCGAUUUGUCCCAACCCAAUCGAGGGUAUUCGCUUCCGUUGCGGGAUUCUGGCCUUUUUCGGGAACGAUCGGGCUUGUCGUGCCUCUUGUUGGGUCGUGGGACGAAAAACGGGUUUCUGUGACGAGGUGGGCAAUUGCAAUUGCCAGGAGGAGGACUUGGAUCUUCGCCAAAGCAUUGACAAUCUCCUCGGAGGACUCGACGUAGUUGAGUAUGUGGAGAUGAAGUACAGCGAGUUUAAGGAUGAGGUCAACACCUGGGAGUUGACCCAAUCGGUCAAGAAGAUUGUCCCCUCCAGAUGUCGAUUAGGCAAUGGUUUCUGUGAGGCUUCUUGCCACAGUAUUGGCCGCGUCACGGGUCAGUGCAACGCGGAUAACACGGAUUGCGCUUGCGCCGAUGAGACGGUGAGUGCCAAGCAAUACGCUCUCUGUCUGGACGAUGGCGUGUGCAGCCUCUACUGUCAGCGAGAGGGCAAAGCCCGUGGUCACUGCCACGGGCCCACGGGCUGGGAUUGCCGUUGUUACUCCAAUAAGGAGGACCGGCCCGAGGAUGAGUACGAGUUCACCGUCCCCCAGAUUGAUGUGGUGGGCGAGUCCAUCGACAAGCCCGACAGGCUCGAGGAUAUAAUUUUGAAUCAACACCCGACCAUAAGCUUUUAAGUGUGUGCCGGACUCACUUACUCCCUUUGACGUACGGAUUGAGAUUUGAGAGGCAACAUAUUGCUUCCUAAACGUUUGGAAAGGCAAAUGCGAGGGAAUCUGAACUUAGGGAACAUAUUAAUGAUAAUAAAAACACACACGGUGCAACAAAAUCACAUUUGAUAACAAUGAAA